UCAAGCCUUCUCGGUGCAAGCGUCCAACGCUGGCCCUAACUCGCAAACGACCCAAUACUAUCGAUAUUGUACUACAUGGAAUACACAAAUGGCCUUUGUGUAUGGGCUUUCUGACUUAGCCAUCAUUGAUCCUGGAGCUACCAUUCUGAGACGCUUCAUUUCCGACGAACUGGAUGUGUUUGACUCCAUAGAGCGAACACCCUUGCUGCAGGACACUUCUUUGCAUGCCCGUGACCGGGACCAGUAUGUCCAGAACCGGCGUCGAGCAGCUCGUGAUGUCCUGGCAAGCUCAUUAGUGCUGCUUCUGGUUUUUGUACUGCUCUUCACAUGCUACGUUGUCGUGUCAACUUACUUUUGGAUUGGUGGGAUGUACGUUUUGUUGGAGGACGUGACCAGAAAUCGGAUUUGCGAUCGUGAUUUGCACGUUUGGCUUGGGAUCGCAUUGUUUCAGCCCAUCCUGAAUGGCUGGUGCUUUCCCCGUGCCUUUGAUCCAGGGUGCAGCAAGAUCUUGGGUUGGAUCUUGUCGAUGGGCCACUUGGCAGUUGUAGGUAGCUAUCAGACCUCAAGAAGACCAACGCCAGGCCUAAUUCUGACUGGUGCCAGCUGCUUCACUCAAAGUUACGCGAGCUGCGCCACAGGGUCACCAAGUUUCUACAACUUUGUCCAGGCUUACCUUGUCUACAUGACGAUUACAUGGAUUUUGCUGCUGGUCCUUCCACUCCUACCGUGGGUGCUACUGUCCACAGGUGCAAACCUUCUGCCCCAGCGCCAAGAAGCUGUAGAUCAGGUGAUGUUGGACUCCAUCGAGAGCGUACCCUUUGAUAUAAAACUCUUCACUGAGGAUGCUAGCGCUUCAGAAGGUUUGAUGCCGGCAGAGUGCUGUGUUUGCUGCGAGCGCUUUGGUCGCGAGAAGGUCAUCAAGCGAACACCCUGCAAUCACGUUUUCCAUGAGGAUUGCUUGGCAAGAUGGCUGAAGGUCACAGACUCCUGUCCAGUUUGUCGAAAGUCCAUGCGGAAGGUUGAAGACCCAGAGUGGGGACCAUCAGAAGAGUGUGCCCCAACCAGUCCAACUUCCCCUGCAAGUGACGGAGAAUCGUUCGAGAAUACCUGAGUCAAAGAAGUGAAGAUUCAUUCGGCAUUUGAUUCAACUGCUGAUUGGACUCCAUUUAGUUAGUGAGUUGGUGUUCUCAAGAAAGCCAACACCAGUGUGCUGCCCAGAAUCUUGGGUGAAGGCGCAGACCGCCUGUUUUGCAUAGAAGAGCGAGACAUAUGAAAGGCCGCAUGAAAAUGAAAAGACUGUG